CAUGAAAUAGUUUUUUUUUUUCCCUCGGCGUGUUGAUCUUCACUUUUCCUUCCUCCAUCCUCCCCUUCCUUUUCCUCUUUUCCUCUUUUCCUCCUUUCCCUCCCCCCCCUCCAAGUCGCGGCGGGUUCAGUCCGGAUGAGCUCGGCGAUGUUGGACAUGGAGCGCAAGGAGCUGAAAAUCCUCCCCAAGGCGCCGUCCUUCAGCAUCCACAGCCUGGUGCCGGAGGCCGUGCAGGGCGACAACGCGCACCCGCAGCGCGCGGACGCCGACCAGCCGCCCGGGGCGCAGGACGCCAAGGCGGAGAGCAAGAGCGAGGAGGAGGAGGGCGGAAAAGAGCCGGACGCGGCGCCCAAGGAGGGCGAGAAGAAGAGCAGCGGCAAGUUCGAGAAGCCGCCCUUCUCCUACAACGCGCUGAUCAUGAUGGCCAUCCGCCAGAGUCCCGAGAAGCGGCUGACGCUGAACGGCAUCUACGAGUUCAUCAUGAAGAACUUCCCUUACUACCGCGAGAACAAGCAGGGCUGGCAGAACUCCAUCCGCCACAACCUCAGCCUCAACAAGUGCUUCGUCAAGGUGCCGCGCCACUACGACGACCCGGGCAAGGGCAACUACUGGAUGCUGGACCCCAGCAGCGACGACGUCUUCAUCGGCGGCACCACCGGCAAGCUGCGCCGGCGCUCCACCACCUCGCGGGCCAAGCUGGCCUUCAAGCGCGGCGCGCGCCUGACCUCCUCCGGCCUCAGCUUCAUGGAGCGCGCCGGCUCCCUCUACUGGCCCGUCUCGCCCUUCCUGUCGCUGCACCACCCGCGGCCCGCCAUGGGCUACGGCGGCGCGGCGCCGGCCUACCCGGGCCACGCCAUGUCCUACGGCGCCGUGCUGGCCGGACACGGCGCCAACCACGCGUCCUUCGCGCCGCCCGGCGCGCUCAGCGUGGAGCGGCUGGUGGGCGGCGAGCUGCCGCCUUACGCCACGCACCACCUGACGGCGGCGGCGCUGGCGGCCUCCGCGGUGCCCUGCGGCCUCUCGGUGCCCUGCUCGGGGACCACCUACUCCCUCAACCCCUGCUCGGCGGUCAACCUGCUGGCCGGCCAGAGCAGCUACUUCUUCCCGCAUGUCCCGCACGUCGGCGCGCAGACCGCCAACUCGGCGCCGGCGCCGGGCGGACGCACCGCCGGAUCCCCGCAGGCCGUCACCUGUGACUCCCUCAGGCCGCCCAUGAGCGCCUCCAUGCCGGCCUUCUCCUCCGGACUCUCCGCCGGCCUCUCUGACUAUUUCACGCACCACAACAACCAGGCCGCCGCCGCCGCCGCCGCUGCCGCCUCUGCCGCCCCCAACUCGCUCAUACACUAAAACCGACCCACCCGAACUUUGCCGAACCUGCACGAGCCUCGCCGAACUCCACGAGUUCUGACUGUAAGUUGAACAAUUUUCCGUGUAAACAAAACAAAACAAACAAUAUAAAACAUCCGGGAAGUUUCCAGCUAUUUUUAAUAUGAUUCUUAAUUAUUAUUAUUAUUAUGACGUCUUGUGUGCGCGUGCGCGCGCGUGUCAGUAUUAUUUCCACCUUUAUUAGGAUAUUUUGGGCGCGCGCACUCCUUUUUUUUUUUUUUUUGGUCCCUUGUUCCAACUGUACAACUUGUUCUUUGGCUUUUAUGUCG